AGAAGAAGAAAACAUCCAUGGGAAGAAGACAGUGAUAGAGAAGGAUACAUCCAUUUAGUCCUGUGAAGAUGAGAUGUUUUCCAUGAGUUGUGCUGGGCGGCUGUAUCGUAAAUUUAAAGGGGAGACCCCUCAUCUGAAAUGAUGUAUCAGCUGCGUUUAGCUUUUAGCUAGCAAUAUAACUAAGUUAAAUGAACAGCUAGCUAGCAAACAUCCUGUCAGGCUAACACUCAGUUUCCUCACGUUUUCUCUACAAGACGAGGCAACAUCAGCGAUAUUUGAAUAGAGUAUCUAACGACUGUCAAAGACAAUUAAGACCGAAAAGCUCCAUCUGUCCACUAUGGCUUCAUCAGACGUCGGCAUGCAAGAAAUGAGUGAGGUUGUGAUUGUUACCAUACCGGGGUCGGUAAGCGAGGACCUUCCCUCAGUGGUGGAGGAGGAUAAAGCCGUGCUGGUGACUGCAGAGCUGACCCCUCAGCCAGGGGAAGACGUCCUCACAGUAGCACCAGUGGAAGCAGAAGCUGAAGUCAGCAGAACGGAUUCCCUCUCAAAGGAAGAGGCAGUCAUUGUGAAGUUAACUGAGGAGGUGGAUGUGGAAGCUGAUGUCUUCUACCCGAUCACCUGUGGAGACGCCAAAGCCACGCUAGUCUGGAAGAAGUUUGUCUGCCCGGGGAUCAAUGUUAAAUGUGUCCAGUUCAACGAGCAGCUCAUCAGCCCGAAGGAGUUUGUGUGUUUAGCAGGGAAGUCCACUCUGAAGGACUGGAAACGAGCCAUCCGCCUCAACGGCACCAUGCUCAGGAAGAUCAUGGACUCAGGUGAGCUGGACUUCUACCAGCACACAAAGGUCUGCUCCAACACCUGCCGCAGCACCAAGAUAGACCUCGUCGGGACCAAAGUGUCCAUCAGCAGCGACCAGUCUGCUGAACUGGUUCCUGCCACCCCAUCAUCAGCUAACUUGAACGGAGCAGCAGCCUCGUUUCCAGAGGUGCCAGAGGAAACUUCAGAGUGGGUCACAGCCAUCGGAGAGGACUCUGUGGCGUUCUGGCGUGGGGUAAAGGAGGCGGGGCUGCUGGAGGAGGUGGUGGAGGACUUCCAGAGGGAGCUGCAGGAGGUGUUGAAGGGGCUGCAGGAGAGGGUGUGUGACCCACCGCUACAGGUCAAAGAUGCUGUUUUGCUCAACAACAUUGUGCAGAACUUUGGGAUGUUGGACCUGGUGAAGAAGGUUCUGGCCAGUCACAAGAGCCAGAUGGACCGUUACAGAGAGCAGUACACUCGCAGUCUGGCCGCUCUGGAGCAGCAGUGUGAUGAGCACAGGAAGCGAGCCAAAGAGCUAAAGAGCAAAUCCCAGCACCUCAACAACGUCCUGAUGACCCUCACCCCAGUCCCUGCGCCCCCUGCGCCCAAACGCCCCCGGCUGACCCGCGCCAUCUCUGGCCCCGCUUCGGUCAACGCCACUCCCACACAGAUCACGCUGCCUCUCAACCAGCUGACCGCGCUGCCGCUCGGCAAGGUGCUGACUAUGGCGGGAGCCCAGGCCGGCACCAACCUGGGCGGGUACACCCUGCUGACCUCCCCGCUCGCUGGGUCAGAGCUGGCAGCCGAUGCCUCCAACCUAACUGUGCUGUCCACAGCGGCAGGACAGGAGGGCGCGCCCGGUGCCAGCGGCUCUGCGGCCUCCACGGCCUUCGUUAAGGUGGUUGGACCUCAGUACCAGCUGGUGACGCUGCCGGCCACGCUGCAGAGCCUGGCCACCACACAGAACACCACCAUCUCACAGCCCGUCAGCAGCAUCAGUGUGGUGGACGCCACGGUAACCGCUGUGGAUGAUUUGCUAGAGGAAGGACAAGCUGACGGUGAUGAGGAAGGUCAGCCAGAAGAGGUUAAAUAGUCAAACGGGGAGCAGCUGUUGUCUCCAGUGUCCACUGUGUUAUAUCAGGGUUUGUUUGGUUCCUGGACUGAAUGUGCAUUUCCUGUGAUGCACUCUCACUUGUAAAUGUCUUUAGACUUUUAAGAUACCUGAAUGGCCUUUGGUGUCAGCAGUCUGUAUUUCAUUUGUGAAUUUACUGUAAAUAUGCUGUAUUUGUAUCUAAUAUAUCUGAUACAGCUGUUUCUGUAUGGAUGUGUUCCAUUUAGGCUGUAAAAAAAAAAGUACUGUGCAGUUUGGUAAUAAAUGCUCCGUUUUCAAGAACAAAUUGAACAUCACAUUACAUACAUUACAUAUUCAUGUCUUCAUAAGUGAGUGAGUGACUUAGACAUUGAAAUAAGGACACACUGAGACAUGGACUCAAUAUGUAGUACCUGCUUUUCUCAUUGGUUUGGUCCGAAGUAAGUAAAGACACAUUCUAAAUUUCAUCAAAAUCUUAACUCAGGGUCCACUUCUUUGGUUUUUCUCGGGCCUUACAACCACAUCUCAGGGUCUUAAUCAGCGUAUGGAGUUUGCUCAGUUGUCAUGUGUGCCACUAGAUUGUAAAUUCAUCACAAAGAUUAUAAAAAAGAGUGAUGGGCCAGUGUUGAGGACAUAUUGGUAUUAAGAUUUUCCAUGUAAAUAUAUGUCAUAAAUUGACAGUUUUUAUUGUAUAUGUUGCAUUUAAGUGCUCAUCAGGUCAGCUGGAAUAAUGCCUUGCUCUGGUGUGCUGUGUUUGUAAUUUGAUUAAACAUUUUGAAACAU